AUGACUUCCUAUCCACUCAUUCUCUCCUCAAUUACUCCCCGAGAAGCCAUCGCCGAUGCCCUCCUCCGCUGCUUCAUCGGCAUCGACCAUAACGACGCCGCCGUUUUCAAGUCGGCGUUCGCAGGCGAAGAUAUCUACCUCAGUCACAGCAGCAUGCCCAAACCUUUUACGUCUCUCUCCGCACUUACAGCAGGAAUGUUCACUCGCGUUGGACCCUUGGACACCACACAUAUGCUCAGCAACGUGCGUAUCGAUUAUGAGAAGGACGAGGACACAGCGAACAUGACGGCGUAUGCUCUAUGCCAGCAUGCACCGCCUGGACAAGGCAAACAGCCAGAUGGGCCGAAGUACACGACCGGCGUGGCCUACACUGUUGGCGUUGUGAGGAACAAGGAAGAUGGGUUGUGGAAGAUUAGUAAAGCAGUCCUAGAAGUAGUCUGGACCCAGGGGGAUCAAACGAUUAUGGGUGGGCCACCGCCUGCAACAUGA